AUGCAAAACGGUGAACUUGUCCCCAGCGUUUGUUUGCUUGCUGGCGCGAAUCUUGCUCAAUCAGGCCCACCGUUCUCGUUCGAGCUGAACAUGCCUAUCCCCAUCUUUCUAUCACUCUUAUGUCCAAAGGGUGUGGUGAAUCGUCUAGGUCGUGCUUACAGUUUGGUCCGUGCACAUCGUUCAUUCGCCCAUACGGUCCGAGCCGGAUUUGAGUGGCUCUCAUACCAUCUGCCCAAUGUGGACCGAAUGGUUUUCUACUUCUGUCAAGAUUGUGAAUCGCUCGUUAACUCAACCAAUUCCGGACCAGUGGAACGCACGUGUUACUUAGAACUGGCUGUUAUGAAGAACGGAUUUGAACCGGCAGUUCUUCAACAAGCACCUUCAGAAGUUCACAGAACAGACAGCACCUUUAUGAAUUAUUUGUUCACUGUGGCUGACACUUCCGAACCAUAUGAGAUCAAUCUGUUCGGAACACGACAUGUGGUCUUACCUAUACGUGAUUCAGAUAAUGUGGCAUUCGGAUUGAUCGAUAUUUACGGGAGACCAAUGAAUGAACAUCAUGCGUGUCAAAGCUCGGAACAGGAACCGGAACGAUUGAACACAUUGCUUGGAAUUCUCAGCGUAACGUCUCGAGAGCUGAUGCACAAAACUGGAACCGAAAUAGUCAAUCUUCCCCUUGGCUUGGAUGAGUCAGAAACGGGUGAAACUGAACUGGAACUGAAACCAGACGACAAAACGGAUGCCGUGGAUCCGUUCAAAACCGAGGCCGCAUUUGAACGACUUGUACUGGCUGAAUUUCACAAAGCUUGUUGCUCACUGACUGAUGAGGUAUUUGCUGAGUUGUCAACCUAUACUGAACCCCCUUCGGUGAUUGUCGAAAUUGUGGACGCAUUCUUCUCCCUGGUGGACCCUGAGAACCAAGCAAUCGAACGCUGUCACACAGAACAAUGGAACGAAUAUCGUUCCAUCCUGAUGGACGUGAAUUGGCACGAUCGAAUUGACUAUUUCGAUCCGAAUAAACCGUAUGUGGAAAUCGUCCUGAAAAAAAUAGAACACUUAUUUUCAGCUUCACUGGCUUUGAUGCUGAUGUGA